AAUUUGUUAUAGCACCUGUGUUAGUGGAGUGUGAAUUUAAUGAAGGUUUUUUUCCUUCCUGUAUCUAUUACUCAGUACUUUGCAGAGACUAAUGUUUUGUAUUCAAAAUGGGACAAUGGAAAAUGCAAUCAAGAAAACAAAAUAUUUGCUAAGUAAACAAUAAGGGACUCUGGGAGAAUGUGACCUGAAAGUCCCAAAGGCUUCUAUCACUGAUGAUCUGGUUAUUAUUUGAUUUAUGUUAGCCUGUAACUGCCCUUGUUUUGACCCGAGAGGAUUGUGUGGAAAGUUUGUCUCUGAGAUAAGCUGAAGCAUUUCUCUGCAGAUUGUCUGGAGCCUAAGUGUAUGCAGCGUGCCCCGCUUUCCACUCCUUGAUAAAUAGGGAAAAGGCCCAGUUUGCUCCAGCUGGAAAGUUAAAGUCAUUGCUAAAUCUACCUCUACUCAUACUGUGAGGAAAAGGACAAUCUCUAGUAAUAUCACUGAACUGUUCUAUUUUAGCAUUCACUAAUGAAGAAGUGAAAAUUGGACAAAAGAAUGGCCAAUACUUAUGUCACUGCAUCUGAUGGGUAUUGUCUUGUUGAACCAGUGCAGUACUAUGAUAUAUUGCCAGAACAAAUCAAUUAUCAGCUACAUGACACUGAUUUUCAAGAAUCUCCUUAUGGCCAAUGUUCUACUGUCCAGUUUCCUCCAGCUCUACAGUCUGAAUCUUUACAAAGUCAUUUCAACACUUAUCGCUUGGAUCCACAGUUCAAUGGUGGAGAGUAUGGACUUGUUUCCUGUGAAUUAAAUAAAUCCACGUAUGUGGUUGCCCAUGAUGCUGAAGAUGGUUACCUUGGAAUAAAAAGGUCCAGAAUAACUCAUUCUUCUAUUCGAAUUAAGGGACAGGGAGAACUCUGCGUAGUUUGUGGUGAUAAAGCGUCAGGAUAUCAUUAUAAUGCCCUUACUUGUGAAGGUUGCAAAGGGUUUUUUCGACGUAGCAUCACCAAAAAUGCAGUAUAUAAUUGCAAGAAUGGUGGUCACUGUGAAAUGGACAUGUACAUGCGUAGAAAAUGUCAAGAGUGUAGACUAAAAAAGUGUAAGGCGGUAGGAAUGUUGGAAGAAUGUUUGCUUACAGAAAUCCAAUGCAAAUCAAAGAGGCUUCAAAAGAACUUUAAACAGAAGAAUAACAGUUUUUGCUCUAACAUCAAAGUGAAAGAGGAAGGGAUUCAGGAGAGCGUGGAACUAACACAAGAGGAAAAUCAGCUCAUUAAUAACAUUGUGGCUGCUCAUCAAAAAUACAAAGUUCCUUUAGAAGAAACACAAAGCUUUCUGCAGGAAUAUGCAAAUCCUGAACUGAGCUUUUUGCAACUCUCCAAGACAGUUAUCGUACAAAUAAAAAUGUUCAUGGAUUUUACCAAGGGACUUCCAGGAUUUGAAAAUUUGACCAGUGAGGAUCAGACUGCAUUACAGAAGGGAUCAAAAACUGAAGUGAUGUUCCUUCAUGCGGCCCAAAUUUACAGUCAGAAAGAAUGUCUUUCACCAGCUUCUGAAAGUACUAUGAAACUAUCAAAUCACUCAGCUCAUUCACUGAAUUGUCACAAACAGAGUGGUGAUAGAAGUGUUAUUUAUUCUAUGGAAACAUUUUGCAAUGAAGACUGUCCUUCUACUAUGCUGACUGGGAUUGUUGAAGAAUUUAUUACCACACUGUUUUACUUCUACAGAAGAAUGAGUGAGCUUAAUAUUACUAAUACUGAAUAUGCUCUGCUUGCAGCAACAAUUGUGUUUUUUUCAGGUAAAAAAACAUUUAGCAGUAAAAAUUUGGAUUAAGUUUGGCAAUGAAAGCAUGAAAUUUAUAGUUAUUAUAUUAUUCAUUGAUUCCAAAUGUGUGAAUUUUCUUAAAAAUUGCCUUCAGCUUACAAACAUUCUGUAAUUCGUUGCAUCUUAAAAGAAAAAGCCUAUUGACCUCAGAUCCCCUUUCAGCUGUUCUCCCAUUUCUCUGUUGUAUAUUACAGGAAAAAAAAAAGUUUUUUUAGAGUUGUCUAUAUUUCUGCCUCCAUUUCUUUCCUCUCAUUUAUUCCUGAACCCAAUACAGUAAGAUUUUGUCCCCUCCCUUCCCCCUCCACCAUAACUUGCCAAGAGCUUCAGUAAUUUGAAAUUGCUGAUUCCAGUAGUCAGUUCUUAGUCUUCAUCUCACUUGACCCAUCAGCUACAUUUGACAGAGCAGAUCACACCCUCUUUCUUAGAACACUUACCACUAGGCUUCAGUUGAUCACUCCCUCCUUUUUGACUUGAUUUUUUUUUCCCACUUGAUUUCCAGGACAUUACACUAUCUUGGUUUCUCUCCUUAGUAGCUGCUCUUUCUGUCUCCUUUGUUAAUUCCUCAUCUUCCACACUGAUAAAUAUUAGAGUGUCCCAGGGCUCAGUUAUCUUUUCUUCUAUACUCAUUUCCUUUGAAAUUUCAUCCUAUCUCAUGGCUUUAAAUGCCAUCUAUAGGCCGACAACUCCCAAAUUAUAUACCAACCUGGACUGCUCCCCUAAACUCCAUUAAAUGGCCUACUCAAGAUUUCAGCUUGGAUGUUUAGCAGGCAUAAAGAAUUUAACAUAUCUGAAUGUGAACUCCUGAUCUCUUCCCCCCUCAAUUCUCCCAUAUUCUUCUUACAUCUCUACUAAAUUGUACCCCAUCCCCUAAGUUGCAUAAGCCAAAAUUCUUGAAGUCAUCCUUCACUUCUUUCUUUCUUUUACCCAUAUCAAAUAUGCAACAACUUUUGUUGGCUCCAGCCUCAAAAUAUAUCCAGAAUUCAACCACUUCUUACUGUCUCUGUCCCUGCCACCCUAAUAAUACUGCUAUCCUAACUCACUUUCCUGUUUUUGCC